ACCUCAUUAAUUCAUCAUGACACUAAAUUUCGGGUAAGCAGGCUGUUGACAAAGCCUUUGGCAGUGAAACGUGACAAAUAGUGAGAUCAUCUCAUUCAUCUAAUUCAUGCCAAUCCACGGACCGAGGACAUGUGGCAAGCGGAGCACGAGCUGCAUCGGGGGUGAGAGAGAAAAGGAAAAGUCGCGGAGAGGAUUGAUUGGAGCUUUUUCCGAUAUGUCUCGUCGCACACGACGACGCACGUACAGGGGAAAGUCAAUAGUGUGUCCUGGGCCGUGCAACCCUCGCAACCGAUGCUGUACGAUACCCAACAACAAUAUCAACAAGGGUGACAAUGCUGGUGGAUGUCCCCUGGGGCGAGCGGAAAUGGUUCCGCGUUGUCUCUCGAGAAAACUUCAGACCGCGGGGAUUCAGUCCGGUUGUACCCAAAGACCGACUGACCAGUUGGCCAGGACCUUGAGAAAGCCAGCAAGGGGUAGAGUGAACAGGACACCUGCCAUGCAGAGCAAUGCCCAAGUCAGAGGAAUUUUUACUCUGUCCUCACGUGUCUCAAACUGCUGUCUGGCUAUUGUUCUUCUUGUUCUCCUGCACACACUUGUAGCAUGUGCUGCAUUGCAGUACAACUGGUACGAACAUUACACGGCCAUUCAGUUCUGCGGUGUCGUCAGUAUUUUAUUGUGGCAGAUAACUGGAUCCGCUGCUGUCUGAAUUAAAUCAUACUGUUCGAUAAUAUCGACGAAACGAUUUAUUACCACCGAGAGAUUUGAUUAAUAAUAAAUCAUCAGAUUAGUCUAACCUAUAUUUAACUCUCUGCAAGACCAUCUCCUACGGUGAUUAACCAUCUCGAUUGAUCUGGGUGACAAAUGAUAAGGAGAUUUUAGAUACAAAUUACUGGAGGCAGAUCGAGCAAGACCAGAAGCUCUCGUCAAUAUUUAUUGAGUCAGACGUAACAAGGACACCCGGACACUGAAUUCCUGAUCCUAAUUCGGUGGAAUCUCCACUCCAACCGGUCUCCUGAUGGUUUGGACUCCUUUGGGAUAAAACUGGACCCGAAUUCCGACAGCUGUUCAGUUCUGAACUGCAUCGCUCUAAAUUCGGCGAUACAGCGAUUUAUUACCUCCGAGAGGUUUGAUUAAUUAUAGAUCCUGAAGUGAUGAAUGAAUCAGUCUAUCGCGACCUCAGAUAAUUAUAUUUAACCCAACCUUCCCCCAUCCACAUGCACUUCAAAUAGUCUCGUUCAAUGAGAAUUGAAUUGCAGAUCAGUCCAACCUACAUUAAACUUUCUACAAGUCCACCUCCCCCGAUGAUUAACCAUCUCCAUCGCUCCCG